UGGCAGGAGGGUGUGGGUGAAUCAUGCAGUGAGUGCCCUUUGCCUGGGGAGCAACUUCUUUCCCUUUUAUCAGAAAGUCCGACCUCGUCCCAAGCUGAGCUGGUGGUCCAUCCGUACAAACCUUGCACAGUCUUUCCACUGUAGGUCUUCAUCUUUAAAAAGAUGGAAUGGAAGGCGAACAACAUGAAAAAGAGGCGCUGCCAAGAGAAGACAUAGCCCCGCCCACAAGCCAGACAGCCCCGCCCACAAGCCACACAGCCCCGCCCACAAGUCAAGCAGCCCAACAUACAAACCAAGCAACUCAGUCCACAAGCCGAACAACCCUGUCCCAAAGCCAGACAGCCCUGUCUACCUGUCAACAAACACCUUUGUCCACCUGUCAACAAACACCCGUCUCCACAAGCCAAACAGUUCAUGUUACCUCUCAACGAGAUGGGAGCUUCCGAACAGUUCCUGUUUCACGUGUUCCUCCGUUCCCACUGAGGUCAGGUGAGGGCUGUACUAUUUACCGGGGCGGUGCCUUACACUCACGACAUCUACCACCACCACCACCGGUUGUUGGCGGGCUGCUGUACUCGUCUUACCCAGGCUCCGUCCUGCAGCCUGCUCCAUCGUCCCUAAGUCUGCCUCAAGCAAGCGCCCCACAAGCUCUCAUGUCUCCGCCGGCGAUGACAAUGUAUUCUUCGCAGCUGCAACACACGGACAUCAGUUAUCAACUGCAGAGCUAUUCUCCUCCCUUUCUGUAUCAGCAACAGUUUCACCCGACAGCUUCCCCAUCUCGGUCCCCUCGGCUACUGAACAUCCAGUGGACGGCGUCCGUUGCUCCGUUCCCUGAAGACAUGGAGUCCGCGCAGCUUCCUCCUGCAGCUGUAGAGCAGGUACAGAUGGUGCUUGUCCAGCCUCAGAAUGUUUUCCCUUCGUCAGCAGCUGUCAGCCCCAUGGCAGUGUUUGAGGCGGACCUGAUGUCCGUGCAGGACACCCAGUAUGUCAUGUCCGAGCCAGGUCUUCCCACCCAGCCAUUCGUGUGUCCGGCAGAUGUCAGCCAGGAACCUGACACGAGACAAGACUACGACACGUCGAUUACAAAUAUUACAGAAGGCACCCCGUCCUUCUCAAGCCCUGAGGGGUGGCCCAUCUCAAGCAGCAGGCUGAGGGCAGAGUCCAAGGAGUUUAUACCGAAAACUCAUCAACAACAAAUACAGUUUCACCUGGCAACAGUGCCACCUUUCAAAAUGUCUGUGUCACCGACACGACUGACACCAGAACACCAAGCUGACAUGUACACUCAAGCAUUCAGACUCAUGGAAUCGUACGCCCAGAAGAUUCUACGGCCCGAUUUCGAGCAAAGGGUCCUCAGGGUUCCUGCCACCAACUUUAAUGAACAGAAGCUGGAGCCGGUCCAUACUGGAGGCUACCUGUUGCUAGGUAUGCCCCAGACACCAGCCCUCCGAGGUCAAGAAGCCCUGUCAAGGGUUUGCUGUGCUCUUGAGAACAUUCUGCGCCUCCGAGCACGAUUGGCUGUCAUCAUCAGCAACUACAAAUACAAAGAGUGCUACCUUCGCAGAGCUCCCUUUGAUGUCUUUCCACGUCCUUCUUCAGAAGGUAGUCACGAUAUCCUGAUGUUUGGAGUGGACAUCGGCGUCGUCUGCAUCCAGCACGAGUUUGUGCUCAGAUCCCUGACUGUGCAGGUCACGUGUGUGGAGAGGGGCACGAGCAAGGGAACGGUGAAGAAACAAAUCCGGGACACGCUGAAGCAGCUGAGGAAGGAUGAGGAGGCCGUGCGCAGUCUCCUGCAGGACCUGCCCCUGCCACACCUCUCUGUCGUCAGGGUGCUCGCCCUUCCCAACCUCUCCCAGCAAGAGCUGCGCCAGAAACUGGAGACGAGGAUGCUAAAGAAGCUCGCCUCAAUGUUUGGGUCUGGAGACAACUUGGAGGGAGUCAUCACAUCCGACCACCUGCCGUUACAGGGCCACCGCCAUUUUCCUGACAAAGCCUCCCACGAUCUCCUGCAGCAGUGGUUGAACCAAGCAGCUGGACGCGGGUCGCCCCUGCCCAUCAAUGUCUGCAUGCAGAUGUUCGCAAGAUACACCAGUGAGUGGUCUGUACCAGAGGUGUGGACUCUAGAGAAACCCCGGGUAGAAGUACGAACUCUGUCGGACGCUGCCAUUGAAACCUCUCACCGGUAUGGGCUGCAAGUUCUGACACCGGAACAGGAAGCGUUGCUGAACACGCCGAAAAGUCACGUGAUGAUAAUCGGAGUGCCCGGGUCUGGGGCCACUCUCGUGCUGCAGCUGAAAGUGAGGCAGUGGCUGCAGCACGGCGCAUGCGUGGCUGUCUUCAUCCCUCAGCGACUGACAGGCUUGUGGCAGGCGUACCAAGCAGCAGACCUGUUCCAGACCUUCAGGAGCAAGGUCUUGCUGUGGACCGGCAGGAAGCUCGAUGGAGAGGGCGUCUGGUGCACGUCGCUGGAAGGUGAGGAGGUGGACGUGUCGCAGCAGCAAGGGGGAGCAAUGCUGGCCGUGUUUGAUGGCGCUGACUACGAUAUUCCUCUCGUCUCCUUCGCUGUGGAGAGAGCGACAACAAUGUUUGCCUCGGUGUGGAUCGCUGCUUUCAAGUCCUUGCCCGUGGACACACGUAUCCAUGGUUACAAUGAAGUGAGACUCACCAAAGUCACCCGCAUCCCCACUAGUAUCCAGGCCCUUCUUAGGCACGGACUUCAGGCAAUCUUGGACGAGCAACCAGCUUCAACUUUUCUUUCAGCCUGCAACGCAAACAAUUUCUCAGCUUCAGAGUCGGAUUCCAUUUUAUCUCCAGCAGACGAACCAGUCCCUCCCUCGAUACUGUCGCCCAGAGUUACGCUGGAUGAAGUCAGCUGCUAUGUUGAGGCGAGUUCAGAUAACGGCUUUGCGUGCGACGGACCCACCCCGGUGAUAAUCUUUCAUCCGCCGCACUGUUCUCCCCACAGUCGGGUCUGUGACUGCCGCAUCUGCUGCAGGGAGCUGGCGCGUGUGCUGCAAGAGCUAGGUCAGCUCGAUCCGCCUUCCGAUGAACAGGAAAGGACAUGUGAUGGCGACGAUAAAGACGAGGCUGACAACGAAGACGAUGACAAACAUCGGAAGCAUGGACGGCGGUGUCACGUGCCGCACAACGUUGUCGUCUUCACGGACACCGCGGACGACGCAGCCCGACUGGUGCGCUCGCUGCAGACACACGGGGUAGUCAAGGAGCAGCUGCUGGGUAGCAUGCAUCAGCUGCACGACAUCCCGCGCAUGGUGGGCAGGGAGGUGGCGCUGGUCGUGUACGCCGGGGAGGUGAAGGUCAGCAAGGGCAGAGUACUGCUCGGACUGGUAGCCCACCUGCGUGAGGUCAUGAGCCUGUGUCAAGGACACCUUGUUCUAGUGCUAGAGGUCAGGUGGCUGCCACGGAGUGGAGGUUCUCCAGAGGACGAGGAGGGUCAAGGGUUGCAGAUGAAACCUUUUGAGCUUGAGCUGCAGCUGUUGAUGGAAGAAUCCGAAAGACAGCAUUUGGUAGAGGUUGCAGCAGUCAACACUGCAUCAGAGGGUGGAGCAGUCAACACUGCAUCAGAGGGUGGAGCAGUCAACACUGCAUCAGAAGGUGGAGCAGUCAACACUGCAUCAGAGGGUGGAGCAGUCAACAUUGUAUCAGAGGGUGGAGCAGUCAACACUGCAUCAGAGGUUGCAGCAGUCAACACUGCAUCAGAGGGUGGAGCAGUCAACACUGUAUCAGAGGAUUAUCCAGAUUAGCAACAUGCUCACAACUGACAAAACUUAACAAAUGUUGAUCAGCUUUAUUCCAUAAUGCCCUGGAUUAAGGAAACAGCAGAACACAUUUGAAGUUUUUAAGAUUAAGCUUAUCUUCUUUCUACAAAUAAUAAACGACUUUAAAUUAUAAAGAAAUCUUUCAAGUUGGCAAAAAUAAGUUAAAUUAUAUUCUUUACUUUGAAGCCCUGAGAGCAAAUACAGUGACAACCCGUUGUCUCGCCAACCCCUCCUCUCGUCGCACUCUGGGGUAGGACGGAGUUCUCCCAUAGUCCUCCUUAGUUCCAGCAACUGACAGAUGACCAGCUUUAUUAAUGACGGUUGGCGAUUAUGAAUUCUAUACCUUCUUUAUAUUUCCACCCUCGCCUCUCGCCUAACAGUGCUGCUUCUCGUGAAAGUUUGGUGGCUACAGACGGACUGAGCUUAUACAAAAAUAAUAAUUCUGAUAGUCUGUUCAACGGUGACUUUACUGCUACAAUGAUGUGAAAAACUACAACAUCCACCUAACUAAUGCUGCAUACCUUUGCUUAGGUAGGUAAUCAUGAUAGACAGCACUUCAGUAACAACUUUAUGUGGUGAUUAUUUAUGAUAUAUAAUAAUUACUUGUAUGUAGUGGGCUUGUAGCCAACAGCAACUAUUUAUAAACACUGUAACAGGAAUUGUAUACGGCUGUAUCUAUUAUAAGUAACAGUGCACAGUAUUACUAGCACAUGUAACAGUGGACAUUAUAUGUAACAGUGGACAUUAUAUAUGUAACAGUGAACACUAUUAUAUGUAACAGUGAACACUAUUAUAUGUAACAAUGAACAUUAUCAUGUGCAACAGUGAACACUAUUAUAUGUAACAGUGAACAUUAUCAUAUGUAACAGUGAACACUAUUAUAUGUAACAGUGGACAUUAACAGUGGACAUUAUUGUUUGUAACAGUGAACAUUAUCAUAUGUAACAGUGGACAUUAUAUAUGUACCAGUGCACACUAUUAUAUGUAACAGUGAACAUUAUCAUAUGUAACAGUGAACACUAUUAUAUGUAACAGUGCACACUAUUGUAUCUAACAAUACACAUGAUUACACUCAUCAUCCCGUCACGUGGGUGCUCCAUGUAUACACACGGAUGAUGAUGGCAAUGGUCUCUAACCAAGCUGAAUGUCAAUUAACUUAGAAAGCUAGUCAUCUGCUCCUAGCAUGAAGAGUGUCAUGGAGAACACUGAACAUAGAUUCCUGUGAUUCAAGUCUUUUGUUCACAUGUCAUGUCUAGUCUUUACUCUGCUAGUAUUUAAUUAUCCUGGCAUGUUUACACCUUUUGUUGACACACACACACACAAAACCUACAAGGCAUGCAUGCAUAAGUCAUGUGACAGAAGGUAUUUCAUUGUAUUUGUUGCUGGGGCUUCAUGGUGCUGAACUGUGUGACUUCACUUAUCAACUUGAAAAAAAAAAAACAAAGCACAGAGAUUUUGUUGUUUGUUAGUGAACUGCUCUCCAAUUUUACUGUCCAAAAAAAUUGUGCUUCUACUGAUCUUUAUAACAGAGAUAGAUACAAAGCCAAGCUCAAAGCAGAAAGCUCGGCGUCCAAUGGGUAGAGAGACAGGUAACAGAGGACGAGGUGAGUGCAAGUAUUAACAACACACAACAGAAGAUAAGAAGUCCCGCUCUAACAAGAGAGCAGUGGACACUGACAUUGUACAUUGUGUACUCGUAUUACUCAGUUAAUCGGGACAUGAUAAAGUGUAUACAUUACAAGCUUUCCUACUCUCUCUCUUUCUCUCUACUUGCCUCUCUCGUUCCCCCCCCCCCCUCUCUCUGUCGCUCAUACUCUCUUGUCUUUUUAUGCCUAUACUCUAUAUUUUCAUCUUUUAUAUAAAAGCAAAACAAAAGUCAUCAACAAGAAAGACAUGAUAUCAAGAGAAAAUAUUAAAUACAAAAACUAAAUUAGGUUUAGGCAUCUUAAAAUAAGACUUGUCAUAAAGCUUUUUUUGCAAGUUGAGGUGAACACAGAAGAAAUGUUUACUAAAACAUGAGAGGUAUGCACUAAAGUAAUUUACAACUAGAUAAACAUGAUGAUAAACUUUGCCUAAGCUUCAUAAGUGGAAAUAUGUACAUGCCGAAAUCUUCUGCUAGAUGUUGUGACCCUUUUACUGUUUAAUAAAGAAUGUCUAAAA